AUGCGCUACCUCUUUCUCAUCAUCCUGGUGGCUUUUGCCGCUCUGACAACUGCCGUCCCCGCAGGCUCCAGUAUCACUCCGCCGCCGCCGAUUGAGCCCGUCCAACUACUAUCCCCACAGUCGUCCGACGUCCGACGGCCAUGGACACGAGUAAGAGAUUGGAUAAUUGAGACGGUAUGGGGCCUCCCAAAACCAACCUCUUAUCGGCUCCCUUUCAACCACCUUUCGCACGACCAGUCUGCCCCCUCUCGGGUUCAGGCGCGGUACGGCAGCGACGUGGUUCUGCGAUUCCGUUUGCGCAAUGACAAAGAAGCCGAAGCCUUGGAGCAAGCGACAGAGAUUCUCUUUCUGGAUGUCUGGGCUUCCACCUCCGAUUUCGUUGAUGUUCGAUUGGCCGAAGAAGUCAUUCCCUCGCUGUUAGGCCUACUGCCAGAUUCUCUUCGCACCGCCUAUUCCCCUCUCAUUGACAAUCUACCGGAGCUGAUAUACACAACCUAUCCAACUCGACGACCCAUAGGACUAGAGGGCCAACCGGGAUUUCGGCCUUCCGUCCGACAGUCGGCUCAGCUUGGGGACCUCUUUUUCCAGGAUUAUCAACCACUUUCCGUUAUUGUUCCAUGGAUGCGCCUCAUGGCCUCUAUGUUCCCAUCCCAUGUUCGCAUGAUCAACGUGGGGAUUUCAUAUGAAGGCCGAGAGAUCCCUGCACUCCGACUCGGCGCCGGAAGCAAUAGAGCACAGUCAGCCCCUCGCCGGACCAUUGUCAUGGUUGGGGGCAGCCACGCGCGAGAAUGGAUUAGCACCUCCACAGUGACAUACGUAGCUUCAAAUCUAAUCAGCAACUUCGGCAAAUCAAGAGCCGUGACCCGCCUUCUGGAAGACUUUGACGUUGUCCUCGUACCAACCAUCAACCCAGACGGAUACGUCUACACUUGGGAAGUUGACCGCCUAUGGCGCAAAAGCAGACAACGUACCAGUCUCCGCUUCUGCCCGGGAAUCGAUUUAGACCGAUCAUGGAACUUCGAGUGGGACGGCGAGAGGACCCGCUCCAACCCCUGCUCCGAGAACUACGCCGGCGACGAACCAUUCGAAGGAGUAGAAGCCGCGCAAUUCGCGCAAUGGGCCCUCAACGAGACCCAAAACAACAACGUCGACAUCGUAGGUUUCCUCGACCUCCACUCCUACUCCCAACAAGUCCUCUACCCCUUCUCUUUCUCCUGCUCGUCAGUCCCACCCACCCUCGAAACCCUCGAAGAGCUAGCCAUGGGCUUCGCCAAAGUCAUCCGCCAGACCACGCACGAGAUCUACGACGUCACCUCCGCCUGCGAAGGAACCGUCACAGCCACGGACAAAGCCUCCGCAAAGACCUUCUUCCCGGUCAGCGGGGGCGGCAGCGCCCUAGACUGGUUCUACCACCAACUCCACGCCAGCUUCGCAUACCAAAUCAAGCUGCGCGACCGCGGAAGCUACGGCUUCCUCAUCCCAUCCGAGUACAUCGUACCCACAGGGAAAGAAAUCUACAACGUCGUCCUGAAAAUGGGCGAGUUCCUCGUCAAAGAAACCGCCUCCCCAGCCAACAAAGCAGACAUAAACUGGGAUGCCGACCUCCUGGUCCACGAUGACUCGACGAGAACAAGCUCCUCGGAGAGUGUCUCUGACCCUCUCUCUGAAGCAAACAUCGAUUCAACAUCAACUGUAAAAGCCACCCCACUCCCCUUCCCAGAGGACACUCUGGAUAGUGAAUGGGUGCCGUUCGAUCAGAAUGAAGAAGAAAACGAGGAGGAACAGAACUGGGAGCUCCGCCGACGACGGAGGUAG